AUGAGCGAAUCGAAGCCUUUGCCCCGGAGGCCCAAGUUCAGGCGGGCGUAUGGCCCCAAAACCCGGACUGGAUGCAUUACCUGGAUCAGACACGUGAAAUGUGACGAGGAAAAGCCCAUAUGCCGACGAUGUCGCGAUAGCGGUGUCAAGUGCGACGGCUAUGCCCCCCCUCCACCUCCCAAGAAGCCAGUUCGACGACGCGAUGUUUGUGUACCAGAGUCAAAGCAAGUCAUUAUCUUCCAACCCCCGUCAGCACCCGGUGCCCCCAUCGAGAGGUACUAUCUCGAUCACUUCCACCACUGGACCUCCAAGCAACUGACCAGCUCAACCGACAUGUCUAACUUUUGGAUGACCUUUGUAUUGCCUCUGGCCCACAAUUGUGAACCAGUGAGAUAUGCAGUUUCUGCUGUCGGUGCUGCUCAUCGGUUCUUUAUGGCUGGCCAGGAUACUCGAUCUCCACUGCAGCAGUUGAGAGGCUUAGCGAUGCAAGAGUACAACAAGGCCAUCUCGCAUAUCGUACCCCACAUGUCGAUGGACUCGGCAUUCAACAUUCACUGUACCUUGGUCUGCUGCAUCUUGUUCAUCGCCUUUGAGGGCAUCACAGGGAGAUACACUGAGUCCGUUCGACAUCUUCGGGCUGGUAAUCGUCUACUGGCCCUCCCCGCCCUUGCCUCGGACACACAAGGACGACAUGUCACCAGAAAACUGACUCAAAUGUUUGCCACUCUGGGAGUUGAGGCAUCUAUAUUUCUAGAGGAUAACAUCCUCCCUGCUACAGACCCUCCCUACCGCGCCGUCAACGCAUCCGAAGCCCCCGCUGCAACACCAUUUCGAGACCUGGAAGACGCAAACUACGAGCUACGGAAACUGGAUGUUGAGGCGGUGGAGAUGAUGGCUGAGGAGCCUUGGGAAUGCAAUUCAAGCGACCAAAGCCCAGAUUCUGAGAACAUUAUGUACGAUGAGGAGAUCUGGAAAGAGCUUGAUCAAAAGUUUUACCACUGGAACACUCGUUUCGAGCUGACAAAGUCAAUGCUCCAAGAGAAACAGCCUCUGAUGAUAAACGCCACACAACUCGCCAUCCUCACGGUGGCGCAGGAAUUCUGGAAGAUGAGCAUGACUUGGGGGCCCAACUCUCCGCCGCCCACCGAAGCAAUGUCGUCUUUUCUCAACGCUUCAGAGGCUCUGGCGCAGUUGGUCGUCGUCCCUGGACAUCCAACGUUUUCCCUCGACGGAGAUCUCAUAUCUGGCCUCUCAUUUGUGAUCUCUUUUAGUGAGGAUGAGCAGCUUCGGACUCGUGCGCUCGAUGUGCUCAGGUCUCUCAAUAGACGUGAAGGUAUCUGGGAUAGCAAGGAGGUUUUGGAGAUGCACGAGGCAGCACUAUCACUUGAAGAUGCCAAAGAGUGGUAUGAAAAGGAGGUUCCGGGUGGAGUGCCGGGGUUUAUGGUGGAGGUGGCGAGGAGAUCAAACAAGCUCAACCUGACAAACAACAUCCUCAUCACAGCUGGGCAAUAUAAAAAGGAGGACAGCCCAUCAGAUGGAUCUUGUUAG